AUGUACGAAUCACGGACUUUGAGCUUCUCGGCGGUUCUGAUACGGUGGUGUAUUUUCGCGCUCGUCGGCCUCGAAUGGCAGGUGCAUUCGCAAGUGCUCCCGCAAACUUCCGAGGUUGACAGCUCUUACAACUUCUACUACGAACAACCUUGCUGCACUGGACCCGUGACUAAAAGCAAAUAUCACGUGCGGCAUAAGCGAGCACACCCGUGCACCGUAUUCAAGGGCAACACGCGAGACGGAUACAUAGCGAAUGCUACACGAAGAAAAGAGAGGCGAAAACGGCAUUGUUUCAUGCUUCCCGUAGCAAUGAAAGGAGAAUAUAAUACAGUUCCAAGU